GCUUGGACCAUUUUCUCUCACUUGUGGGUGAGCCAUGCGGGCGUGGGCUCGUGGGAGAAGCCCAGUGACUGCCAUGGAGAGCGUGGAAGACUGUGCUCGCAGUUCCUGUCGACGUCAUGUCUCUGGAGUGCUUUCCUUCUCUGCAACUUCUGGUGGCCUGUUGUCCAGAUCCCAGCGUCGCGCCGCCCGAGUUCCAUGGAUGUCCGGCGGAGUUCCUUUCGAUGCGCCCCAGCUGCUGCAUGCCCGGCGUGGUGGUCGCCGUUCUCAAGGCCUUAGAGACGCUGUCGCCGCAGCUGGUGGAGUUGAUGCCGUUGGAAGGUUCCUACCAGGAGACGGUGACCUCCAUCGGCGGGUUGAUGCGGACCUACCUGUUGGACUCAGAUCAUCAGCAGAUGGAGGCUUGGAGGCUUUAUAGCUUGGCCUUUGCCCGAACAGCUAUCAUGGAGGUCGAUCCCAUCAAGGACCGUUUCAUGCAGAUGCAACACGUACAGGACUCCCAGCAGCUCUUGAGAGUUGCGAUUCAGAGCAGCCGCCGCUUGCUCCACAGCAUGUUUCGUUUGGAAAGUCUUUACAUCUUCCUGCUGGGCCACACAGCCACGACCCUUCAACUCAAGAUGCAGGACGUGUCGCCUGAGAACGUGCUGGAGCCCUUUCAGCCAGCGCUAAACCUCUAUGAGGUGGGGAUGAAUACCUUCGACUUGCUGGCUUACAGCAUCAUCCCCAACUUGGAAGCGAUGAUCAAAGAUCCACAAGGCCGUGGCUUUUCGAUGCUGCAGCCGCCCAGCCGGAACCACAGCGCCGAAGAGAUCUCCCUGCUGGCUGUGAGCCUGGGCUCUUGGGCCAAGACAGGCUUUCUGACGCUGUGGAGCGUCCUGCAGCACCGCUCUACGGCUCUCCGUGUCUUCAUCCUCGGCGAUGCGCGUGGGCUGGAGGCCGUGGCGGAGGCGGUGGAGGAGCUGCAAAAGCAGGAACAUGGGAUGCUGGAAGGUGUGUCCUUCGAGCCCCUGGACUUUGAGCGUGAUCCCAACUUCCGGGCGUACCUCGAGAAGUAUCCGAAGGACUGUAGCUUCGGCGCUGCGGGGAAGGCGAUCCUGGCUCGGGCCGUGUGCCAUUUAGUGCUUCCGCACUCAGUGACGAAGGUGAUCUCUUUGGAUUUGGGCGACGUUUUGGUGCUCGAGGAUCUCAGGAACUUAUGGCAAGAGUUCGAGAACAUGGAGGACCAUCAUUUGUUAGCGGCCUCUCAUGCCGUGGCCCUGAGUCAUAUCAAUGCCGGAGUGGUGCUUUACCACGUGGAACGCAUGCGUAGCAGACGCUUCCAUGAGCUGACCUUGCAAGCGGUGCACGACCAGCAGCGUGCGCGCUACGACCCCACCUGCCUUCGGGACCAGUCGAUCAUCAACACCCUUCAUUCCUUCAGGGAGGAGUUUGGAUAUCAGGGGCCGAGUCCCGUGAUGAUCUUGCCCUGUGCAUGGUCAGUGUUUCCAACGACCGAGUGGUUGUCUUACUGGAAUAGCCCUGAACGUUGGCUACCCCAGCUACGAGAGCGACGGCGCUACCCUGGCAUGGUCUCCGUGACGCGGUUGGAAGUCUUUUGCCCCGAUGAGAUGGACGUCUUGUCCGCUUGGGCCUUUUUGCCGAUGAGCGAUGUGAACCGCCAGGAGCGUUUGCGCGCCUACGCCUUGUACGAGGGCCACAAGAAGGAACGCUACUGCUCAGCGGACCGCAGUGGCAGGCGAUGCUGCCAAUGUGGUGAGAAAGUGAAGUUGCUCCACGUGGCUGGAGAUAUGAAGAACUGGCCAUCUAUGCAAGCCCUGCUCCGAGCUUAUAUGCCACCCUUCAAGGAGCUGCCGGUGAAGCCGUUUGACGAGGCCUUGUCGAAGGAUUGGACUGGAGGCAGUGAAAGGCUCAAGCAUCUUCACAGCCAAACGGUUCAUCAGGCCGUGUUGGCCGCCAAAACGAUGGGCCUCCAAGCCCUCUUCGGCCCUUGUGCCACGCUGCGGUGUCAGGCGUCGGGGAGGGAUCAUCUGCAGUACGUGGCAGUGCCCAUGACGCUCUCCUUGCCGCUCUUGGUGGAGGUGGAGACCACGGCGUUGCAGGACGCUCACCUUCUCUUGGGCAUUGAAUCUCAUUCCGGUUUGGAGCUCUUGGUGAAUGGCGCUGAAGAGGAAGGAGCUUCCUGCCUCCGCUGGGUGCGCAGUGCUCCGGGCAGCAUGGCGGCGCAAGCUUGGACAAUGAGGCGCGAGAUCAUGUGCGUGCCUUAUGGAUCACCCGGCUUCGCAGGUCCAGGUGAGAGCUCUUGGACUCGCUUCUCGGUGUUUCUAGGCGUGGAUGGGCGGAUCGUGGUGAGGUUCCAGGACGCCGAGUGGGGCAACGUCCUCCCCAAGGAGCCCCUUGAGAUCCUCAAGCGUGCCUCUGUGACCCUCAGCAUCGGCAUCCUCGUCCCAUUGGGCCCCGAAGUCGACGUCCCAACGGGCCCCAUUUUGGGACGGUGGACACCGUCUUCAUCCGUCUUCACUUACAGAGGGGUAGGAUCAAAAAGGGAAGAAAGAUGGGUCGGACAUACAUGCCAGUCUCAUCCAGAGUGCGUCUCUGUGGCUUGGAUUCCACGUCUGGCUAGACGUGGCACGUAAAAACGGAUGGGUUGUCUAUGAGUCCUGUGAGUCCUGGACAUUCGUCUUCAAGACCAUUUUGUCCGGUGAAAAAGAGGUUCCAUGUAUAGAUCCACGCGGAGGGAAGUCAGUUCCACUUCUGUUUGGAAGUUCGAAGGGCUGCGAGAAGGCUGCGAGAUCGUUGGGAGUAAGCUGGCACCUGGGGCCCCUUUCACUCACCCGGGCUGGGUGCCCAAACGUAGAGCCUUGUAGAGCCUCCCUUUGUUCAUUUCUGUGGUCAACCGGUUGGUCUCUGGGUGACCCAUAGCCAUAGCCAUGUCAUUUUGAAGCCAAGCGUAGUGCCGAUGUUGGCACUAGGCAGAAGUACUUGGAAGUCAUCACGGGAAGGACCAUUGCGAAGCAUUGCGGAGCACCCACAGGAAGGACAUAUCAGAAAUAUGAUGCAAAUCUGAACAAAACAAACAACAUGAUGCACAGGGGCGUGAAGCUUCUCCAGGUUUCUUUGGCCCUCUUUGGCCCUUUGGAUGAUUCUCUGUGAUUCGGACCUAGGUUGUAGGUGUUUGUUCCGGCGGUGUUUGGUGCGUAUCGAACCAUCAAAUCAUCAUCACCAGCACGUUAAACCUGAUCACAACCAACUGAGAGGGUGUCAUCGGCCGAAUGAUCGCGCCCAGGCACCUUCUAUCCUUGGGAAACCAAGUGGUCCGUGUGCGCAGAUGAGCCAAAAGAGUGGGCAGCGGAUUCGGCGGUUGUUUCUGUCGUUGUUUCUUUUUUGGUUCUUCAAGUACCCAGUGAUGGAC